AGCUGGAGAGCGCCCCCACAUGGCUGUUUAGGAACUUCCCUGUGUUAACAGAUGAGAAUCAUUGAUAUUUUUCUCUAGACAUAAACAGUGUAGAAAACAUUUCAAGCAGCUUCCAGCAUCAACAUGAGUUCAUCAUGGAUCAAAGAGAUUCAUCAAGAAACAGAACAUGAAUUGAUACUUGUGUAUUUUCUCCACAGCUGUUAAACAGCAGAUAACAGUGUGUGUUUGUGAGUUCAGCAUCAAGCUGAGUGUGUUUGUGGAACAUGAAUGUGUUGGAGUGUUUGUGCAUCAUGUGACCCAGAUUCUCUUCAUCUGCUGUCAGAUUCAAAUCAGGAAGAUGAAACCACACAGCAGCUUCAGCUGAGCUGUCCGUCUGCAGCAGCAGUCUUCUCUGUGAGCUGCAGGGGCUGAUGGGAGCUUGGAGGAGGAGUCCCAAAGAACGUGGUCCUGCUCUCAUCUCACAGCUCUCAGGUCCUUCUUUGUCCUCAGCUGCAUCAGAACACCACUUCUCCUCAGGUUGAGCAGAGGAAACACGGCUGAACAAAAUGCUUUUCCUCCCAGCUGCUGCUCUGUGCUGUCUGUGUUCAGCACUGGUUGCCAUGGCAGCAGAACUGAUUCAGGAGGAUUUAACAUUGACCAGGGGAAUUGGUCAAAGUGUCUUUUUCAGCUGUGGAGGACUUUGGGAGUGUGACUCUGAAUAUUUGCUCUGGUUACAGAUGAAAGAAACAGAAACCUUUAAAAUAAUUCUUAAUUUUCAUAAAAGCAGGUGUGGAAUCAACAAACCUUACGGUCAUCCUCAACAAGAUGAUUUCACGGCUGAAAUAACCCAGAGUGGAUGUGAAUUGAAGAUCAAUAAAGUCAAAGUGGAUCAUUCAGCCUCCUACUACUGCGGCUGCGGGAAGAGAGAUUACUACAUCGCUGGAUCUGGAACACGACUGUUUGUUACGGAUGAGUCCGUAGUGAAGCCCGUGGUGAGCGUGUACCCAGCAGCAUCCAGAGUCCAUGUGGAGGGGAGCAGCUCCCUGCUGUGUCUGGCCUCAGCCAUGUUUCCUCCUGUGGUCCAGUUCUUCUGGAAAAGACAGAAGAACAACGGAACACUGGAGAAACUGACCUCUGAAGAGCAGCUGGAUCUCAGAGAGUCGGGACGCAGCGCCUCCAUCCUGCUGGUCCAUCAUCAAGAGGACAGCUCCUAUAAAUACAUCUGCUCCGUCAAACAUGAGGGGGGCACAGUGGAGGCCCAAACACAACAAGAGGUUCCUGCACUUCCAGCUGCAGGUUCCACAGCAGCUCCAACAUCCCAUCCAGCAUCUUCCAGCAUUCUAGCAGAGGGAACAGCCUCUGUUCCUCCUCUGGACCUGGUGAAGCUGUCCUUCCAGUCUGAGUGCAGGGUGAAGCUGCUCUGCCUGCUGUACUCAGUGCUGAUAGUGAAGAGUCUGGUGUACUGCUGUGGACUCUCUCUGCUGAUGAUCCUCAGAAACAAGGGAGCAUCCACCAACUUCCGAUAUGCUUAAUGACUGUUUUCUGCUCGUCUUUUCUCUCCAUAAAACAUCAUCUUUUCAUCUCAUUCAUCACUUUGAUCACAGUUCUCAAAUGUUCUUCAUGACUUGCUGUAGAUCCUGUGUCAGCUGUGUUGUAGAGAUGGAACUUUGCAGUUUUCUGCUUUUUCAUUUAAAUUUUCUGUUCAUACAUUUUGAUCCAUAUUCUUACAUUUUAUUUGCAACAAUAUUCUCAAUAAACUUAAA